UUCAUAAUCAUCUGCCAUCAUUGUGUUUCCCUGUCUGAACCUGAACCAAACCCUAGCGUCCGAAUUUCCAAAUCCGAAAUUCGAAAAAUCGUAGUUUUGUCUUCUGAUUCGAGAUGUUUCUAUCUCCCGGCCAUUCACCACGUCAUCUAUCAUCUCCGUCACCGUCUUCUUGCUCCGAUGAUGGUCACCGGAUCUCCUCCUCCUCCUCGAAGAUCACACCCCGGAACCCUAGAAAACGGAUUCGAGUCCUGGACGAAGACGCUUACGUCGCAGCGAUCGAGAAGAUCAUCGAGCGCGAUUACUUCCCGGACAUACCCAAGCUCAGGGACCGCCUCGACUGGAUCCAGGCGGUGAAAACCCGCGACCCGGUUCAGAUCCGAGACGCGCAGUUGAAGAUCAUCGAGAGGAGGCGUGGGAAGAAAGCUAAUCAUGGUGGGGACACGGAGGGUGGUAAUAAAACUCAAACACCUGGUUCUACUUUCUUGAGAAAUUUCACUCCUUUAGAUGAGUUCGAUGGUAAAACCCCUAGAGAGGUCGAAGAACAAGUAGUAGUUUCUGAUGAUGGUGAUGAAGAUGUAGAUAUUAAUAUGUCGUUAGAUGAGUUCUUUAGGAGGUAUACAAGCGAGGAUAACGAUAGCUUUUCUAAGAUAUUGGAGAAGGUGAAUAAGAGGAAGAAGGAGAAGUAUGGGUAUCUUCUUGAACAAGGUGGUGAUGUGGUUGAGGAUGCGAAGAGAGAUAGGAUCACUGAUGGUUACGGUACUUCUUAUCAACCAACGAGUACUUUAGUAGGGUGGAAGUAUACGGCGAAGAAUCUUCUAAUGUACCAUCCAGCCGAUCGCGGCGAGGCGCCGUUGACUGAGGAGGAGAGGGCUGUGAGGUUAGCUGGGCUGACCAAGGAGAUUGUUAAGGGGAACACUCGUUUUCAUGGGAAGACGGUUGAUUAUAGGCCGAGGGAGGAUGGUUCGUUGGAGAUUCUCUACACUCCUAUCGCAGGCUCUUCUCCUAUGCGUGUUAGGGAGAGAGACACCUCCAAGAGGUAUGAUCUUGAUGAUCUGAGGAAGACUCCGAAUCGUUUCUACGUGGAGUCGGAUAAGAGAGGAGACAACGGGUAUAGUUUUGUUAGAACUCCAUCUCCUGCACCUGGUUUAGAUGAAUCGCCUUUUGUUACAUGGGGUGAGAUCGAGGGGACACCUAUGCGGUUAGAUCCUGAGGAUACGCCUAUAGAUAUCGGCGGCAGCGCUGAUGGACCUCGCUACAAUGUUCCGUCCGCGCCUGCGAGGGACGUGAGGGCGCAUUCUUUGUCGAGGGACGCGUCGAGGAAGCUGAGAGAGAGGUCGAACAGUAUGUUUAAGAAGCCUCCGUUGCCGUCUCCUCGCGGAAGCGCGAGUCCGAACGUUAGGACUAUGCUUUCCCCCGCUGCUAAGAAGUUUUUCAGACGGACGAUAAGGAAGUCUUCUGGUGCUGUUGAUGAGAGCCUUCGCGCGAGUUAUCGUGGAGCGAGUCCUGGUGCUGUGACUCCUAAGAGUGUGUCUAGAUUUGGUAAAGAUAGGAUUACCCCGGGCUCAAGGUCGCCUUGAUUGUGCUAAUGUUGUAAAACUUAUAUGAUGUUUUAAUACGUUGGUGCUGAUAGAGGCAAACAAAGAUGCUUCUUCUUGUACUAAAUAAGCUUUUGUGCUAAGUGCUGUUGAAUCUUUUCAAAUGGAAUACCAUCUACGUUUGCAUUUGUA